CUCUAGCGCGUAGCCCUGGACUAGCGUGGUCUCAACCUGGUCGCGGAACGCAGCAAGAUGCCGGGCGGUGGCGCGGCGGCCGCGCUCCUGGCCUCGCUGCUUUGGGUCACCGUGCAUAGCCAGCAGAGAGGCCUGUUCCCUGCCAUUUUCAACCUGGCCAGCAAUGCUCACAUCAGCACCAACGCGACCUGUGGUGAGAAGGGGCCCGAGAUGUUCUGCAAACUUGUGGAACACGUGCCUGGCCGACCUGUUCGACACGCGCAGUGCCGGAUCUGUGAUGGCAACAGUACCAACCCCAGAGAACGCCACCCAAUAUCACACGCGAUUGAUGGCACCAACAACUGGUGGCAAAGUCCCAGUAUUCAAAAUGGGAGGGAGUAUCACUGGGUCACCAUCACCCUGGACUUACAGCAGGUCUUUCAAGUUGCAUAUGUGAUCAUUAAAGCCGCCAAUGCCCCUCGGCCUGGAAACUGGAUUCUUGAGCGCUCUGUGGAUGGCAUCAAGUUCAAACCUUGGCAGUAUUACGCAGUCAGCGACACAGAGUGUUUGACACGCUACAAAAUAACUCCAAGACGGGGGCCGCCCACUUACAGAGCUGACAACGAAGUGAUCUGCACCUCAUAUUAUUCCAGACUGGUGCCACUUGAGCAUGGAGAGAUUCAUACAUCACUCAUCAAUGGCAGACCAAGUGCUGAUGAUCCCUCGCCCAAGUUACUGGAAUUCACCUCUGCGCGGUACAUCCGCCUUCGCCUACAGCGCAUUAGAACACUGAAUGCAGACCUUAUGACCCUUAGCCAUCUGGACCCCAAAGACCUUGAUCCCAUCGUCACAAGACGUUACUACUAUUCAAUAAAAGACAUUUCUAUUGGCGGGAUGUGUAUCUGUUAUGGCCAUGCUAGCAGCUGCCCGUGGGAUGAAACUACAAAGCAACUACAAUGUCAGUGUGAGCAUCAUACAUGUGGAAAGAGCUGUGACAGAUGUUGUCCUGGCUAUCAUCAACAGCCCUGGAGACCUGGAACCAUUUCUUCUGGUAACAUGUGCGAGGAAUGUAAUUGUCACAAUAAAGCCAAAGAUUGUUACUAUGACGAAAAUGUUGCGAAUCAGAAGAGAAGCCUAAACAUUGCUGGACAGUACAGUGGAGGAGGGGUUUGUAUCAACUGCCUGCAGAACACCACGGGGAUCAACUGUGAAACCUGUAUCGAUGAAUACUACAGACCCCACAAAGUAUCUCCCUAUGAGGAUGAGCCUUGCCGUCCCUGUGACUGUGACCCCGUGGGGUCCCUCAAUUCUGUGUGUAUCAAGGAUGAUCUCCAUUCUGACUUACACAGUGGGAAGUGGCCAGGUCAGUGUCCAUGUAAGGAAGGCUAUGCAGGUGAAAAAUGUGAUCGUUGCCAAUUUGGCUAUCGGGGUUACCCGAACUGCGUCCCCUGUGACUGCAACACUGUUGGCAGCAUAAAUGACGAUCCUUGUACCGAGCCAUGUCUUUGUAAGAAAAAUGUUGAGGGGGAAAACUGUGAUCGCUGCAAGCCAGGGUUCUAUAACUUGAAGGAAAGAAACCCCCAAGGCUGCUCUGAGUGCUUCUGCUUUGGCGUCUCUGACGUCUGUGACAGCCUUUCGUGGCCCAUUGGUCAGGUGACUGAUAUGUCGGGGUGGCUGGUUACUGACUUAAUCAGCCCAAAUAAGAUUGGGUCUCAGCAGGGUGUGCUGGGCGGACGUCAUCAGAUUAGCAUCAACAACACGGUGGCCAUGCAGAGACUGGCUUCUAAGUACUACUGGGCAGCUCCCGAAGCCUACCUUGGAAACAAGCUGACAGCGUUUGGUGGGCUCCUGAAAUACACAGUGUCUUACGACCUUCCAGUGGAGACAGUGGACAGUGACCUCGUGUCUCACACCGAUGUCAUCAUCAAGGGAAAUGGACUCACUUUAAGCACACAGGCCGAGGGGCUGUCCUUGCAACCCUAUGAGGAAUACGUCAAUGUAGUUAGACUUGUGCCUGAGAACUUCCGGGACUUUAAUACCAGAAGGGAGAUUGACCGCGACCAGCUGAUGACGGUGCUUGCUAACGUGACACAUCUCUUAAUCAGAGCCAACUACAAUUCUGCAAAAAUGGCUCUCUAUAGGUUGGACUCCAUCUCUCUGGAUAUAGCAAGCCCUAAUGCGAUAGACCUGACAGUAGCUGCCGACGUGGAACACUGUGAAUGUCCCCAAGGCUACACAGGGACAUCCUGUGAGUCCUGCCUCCCCGGCUAUUAUCGUGUGGAUGGAAUACUCUUUGGAGGAAUCUGUCAGCCCUGUGAAUGCCACGGCCAUGCGUCAGAGUGUGACAUUCAUGGAGUUUGCUCUGCGUGUGCACACAACACCAUGGGGGACCACUGUGAGCAGUGCCUGCCUGGCUUCUACGGGACACCUUCACAUGGGACUCCAGAGGACUGCCAUCCCUGCGCCUGCCCACUAUCCAUUGACUCCAACAAUUUCAGCCCUACCUGCCACCUCACUGACAGAGAGGAAGUGAUCUGUGACCGGUGUGCUCUGGGCUACUCGGGAGCCUGGUGUGAGAGAUGUGCAGAUGGUUACUAUGGAAACCCAACAGUGCCAGGGGGAUCCUGUCUACCAUGUAACUGCAGUGGCAAUGUUGAUCCAUUCGAGGCUGGCCACUGUGACUCUGUCACCGGGGAGUGCCUGAAAUGCUUGAGGAACACAGAUGGUGCCCACUGUGAAAGGUGUGCAGAUGGGUUCUAUGGGGACGCCGUGACUGCCAAAAAUUGCCGUGCCUGUGACUGCCAUGAAAACGGCUCCCAUUCUGGUGUGUGCCAUCUGGAGACUGGACUCUGUGACUGCAAACUUUAUGUGACAGGACAGCAGUGUGACCAGUGCCUGCCUGGCUACUACGGGUUGGACACAGGGCUUGGCUGUGUGCCCUGUAACUGUAGUGCAGCGGGCUCCAUGUCAGACAACUGCACAGAUGAAGGCCAGUGUCACUGUGUACCAGGUGUAGCUGGGAAAAGGUGCGACAGGUGUUUACGCGGCUUCUAUGCAUAUCAGGAUGGUGGUUGUACACCCUGUGACUGUGCUCAUACGCAGAAUAAUUGUGACCCAGGAUCUGGAGAGUGCCUCUGCCCUCCUCAUACUCGGGGCCUGAAAUGUGAGGACUGUGAGGAGGAGUACUGGGGCCGGGACCCAGAGCAAGGGUGCCAGGCCUGCAACUGCAGCCUUGUGGGCUCCACAGGUCCUCAGUGUGAUAUACUGUCUGGCCAGUGCGAAUGCAAGACUGGGUUCGGUGGGCGGAGCUGCGAUCAAUGCUCCUUGGGUUACAGAAGGUUUCCUGACUGUGUGCCUUGUGACUGUGACUUGAGGGGGACGCUGGCAGACACCUGUGACCUGGUGCCUGGUCUCUGCAGCUGUGCAGAGGAAAGUGGUGUCUGCUCCUGCAAGGAGAAUGUCGUGGGCCUCCAAUGCAGUGAGUGUCAAGUGGGCACUUUUGCCUUGCAUGCCGACAACCCCCUAGGGUGCAGCCCCUGCUUCUGCUCUGGAUUGUCACAGCUCUGCUCAGAGUUGGAGGGUUACGUGAGGACUCCAAUAACACUGGCCUCCCAUCAGACUCUUCUGCGUGUGGUUUCUCAGAGCAACCUUGAGGGCACAGUCGCAGGAGUGCAUUUCCAGGCUCCUGACAUCUUGCUGGACGCUGAGGUUGUCCGCCAGCAUGUCCACGGGGAGCCAUUUUACUGGCGGCUGCCAAAGCAGUUCCAGGGAGACCAGCUCCUGGCCUAUGGUGGCAAACUGCGGUACAGCGUGGCCUUCUACGCUGCCCAUGCCACUGGCACCGCCAAUUAUGAGCCUCAAGUUCUUAUCAAAGGAGGUCGGACCAGGAAGCAUGUCAUUUACAUGGAUGCACCUGCGCCAGAGAACGGAGUGCGACAGGAUCGAGAAGUGGGGAUGAAAGAGGAGUUUUGGAAAUACUUUAACUCUGUUUCUGAAAAACAUGUUACACACUUGGACUUUAUGUCUGUUCUUAGCAAUAUUGAGUACAUCCUCAUCAAGGCAUCCUAUGGUCAAGAGCUACAGCAAAGCAGAAUCACCAACAUUUCCAUGGAGGUUGGCCGGAAGGCUGCAGAGCCGCCCUCUGAGGGAGAGGUGGCAUACCUGUUAGAGCACUGCGUCUGUCCUCCUGGCACAGCUGGAUUCUCCUGUCAGGACUGUGCCCCUGGGUACCACAGAGGGAAGCUCUCGGAAGGCAGUGGCAGGGGACCCCGCCCUCUCCUUGCUCCUUGUGUGCCCUGCAGUUGCAACAACCACAGUGAUGCCUGUGACCCGGAAACUGGACAGUGUCUGAACUGCAGCGACCACACAGCUGGUGACCACUGUGAGGCGUGUGCUCCUGGCUACUAUGGGAAGGUGAUUGGUUUGGCUGGGGACUGCACCCCAUGCACCUGUCCUCUCCGCCCCCCUGGCAGUUUCAGUCCCACUUGUGUCUUGGAAGAUGAUAGUGAUUUCCGGUGUGAUGCCUGCCUUCUGGGCUAUGAAGGACAGUACUGUGAAAGGUGCUCUUCAGGCUACCAUGGCAACCCUCGAGCACCAGGUGGCAGCUGCCAGAAGUGUGACUGCAACCCCCAAGGCUCUGUCCACAGUGACUGUGACCGUGCAUCCGGGCAGUGUGUCUGCAAGCCAGGGGCCACCGGGCUCCGAUGUGAGGAAUGUUUACCUAGGCACAUCCUGGUGGAGAACAACUGUGUUUCUUGUGACAAUGAGUGUGUAGGUGUCUUGCUGAAUGAUCUGGAUAAUGUUGGCAAUGCCAUUCAGUCUUUGAACCUCACUGGCAUUUUCCCUGCACCGUAUGGAAUUCUGUCAAACCUGGAAAAUACAACUAAACAUUUCCAGAGAUACUUGUUAAGAGAAAAUACCAAAAAGAUUCGGGCAGAGAUUCAACUUGAAGGUGUUGCAGAACAAACGGAAAACCUGCAAAAGGAGUUCACUAGAGUGUUAGCAAACAGUCAGCAGGUAAAUAAAGCAAUGGAGAGAAUCGUCAAUGAGAGCCAAACCCUGGCCACAUUCAUUGAGCAGCUGCAGACAAACAUCAAAGAAAUCCUUGAAAAGGCGGCAACUUUGAACCAGACCAUGGGUGAAGAUACCCAGCUACCCACUUCUUCCCUUCAAAAGAUGCACCAGAACAUUUCAUCUUUGCUGGAACUUAUAAAGAAAAGAAAUUUCACACAGUUACACCAAAAUGCCAUCCUUGAACUCAAGGCUGCUAAAGAUUUGUUGUCACAAAUCCAGAAAAAGUUCCAGAAACCUCGGGAAAAGUUGGAGGUAUUUAAGGAAGUGGCCAGCAGCCUCCUUUCUAACCGCAGCGCUGAACUGCAGGCAGCAGAGGCGCUCCUGAGGGAAGUGGAGACUAAGACUCAGGAGAGCAACCGCCUGUUGCCCAUUGUCAAGGCCAACCUGAGAGAAUUCAACGAUAAAAGCCUACACAUUCGAGAAGAACAAAACUUGACCUCAAAGCUAAUUGCCAAAGGACGAGGAUUGGUAGAUGCUGCCAGUGCUCAGGCAGAUGGGGCACGAGACACUCUAACACAUCUGGAACAUCACCGGGAUGAGCUACUUCUGUGGACUACUAAAAUCAGGCGUCACGUAGACAACCUGGUCAUGCAGAUGUCCAAGCGGAGAGCCCGUGACCUUGUCCACAGAGCUGAGGAUCAUGCUGCUGAGCUGCAGAGACUUGCAAGUGUCCUGAACAGCAGCCUUGAAAAUGUCAGAAAUGUGUCUCUAAAUGCAACCAGUGUGACCCACGUCCACGCCAACGUUCAGAGCCUGAUUGAAGAGGCAGAGAAACUGGCCACCGAUGCUCAGAGCACCAUAAAUAGGACGAGCUUGAUCUCGGAAUCCCUAGUUUCUCAAGGGAAAGCAGUUCUGCAGCGCAGUUCCAGAUUUCUAAAGGAAAACAGCGGCAUCAGGAGGAAACAGCAAGGUAUUACAUUGAAGCUGAAUGAGUUGAAUAAUUUGACAAGGAGAUUUCAAGAGAAUGUGGAUAACAUUACUCAGCAGACCAAUGACUCCCUCUUGAUAAUUAGAACAAUUCCUGAAGAUGUGAGAGAGAAGGGAAGGAAAGCCAAAGAGCGGGCCUCAUCAGCCAAUGAGAGUGCGAUACGGACACUGAAGAACGUCCUGCGGAUGAGCCAGAGGGUCCUGGACACAUCAGCAGGCCUGUCCAGAGUGAAUGCCACAUUACAAGAGACAAACGAACUUCUGCAUAACUCCACAAUGACAACUCUGUUGGCUGGAAGAAAAGUUAAAGACAUGGAAACACAAGCCAACCUUUUAUUUGAUCGACUGAAACCUUUGAAGACAUUAGAAGAAAACCUAAGCAGAAACUUGUCAGAAAUUAAGCUGCUGAUUAGCCGGGCCCGGAAACAAGCAGCUUCGAUUAAGGUUGCCGUGGCUGCAAACAGAGACUGCAUCCGUGCCUACCAGCCGCAGAUUUCAUCCACCAACUACAACACGUUAACUCUGAAUGUUAAGACACAAGAGCCUGACAACCUUCUCUUCUACCUUGGCAGCAGCACUAGCUCUGAUUUCCUUGCAGUGGAGAUGCGACGCGGGAAAGUGGCCUUUCUCUGGGACCUGGGCUCAGGGUCCACACGUUUGGAAUUCCCAGAUGUCUCCAUUGAUGACAACAGAUGGCACAGCAUCCACAUAACCAGGUUUGGAAACAUGGGAUCACUGAGCAUACAGGAAAUCAGUUCAGCUGAGAAGCUGCCAGCAGGAACAAGCAAAUCCCCUGGGACAGCGAAUGUUCUCGAUAUAAACAAUUCAACUUUAAUAUUUGUUGGAGGACUCGGAGGUCAAAUCAAGAAAUCUCCCGCUGUGAAGGUUACUCAUUUUAAAGGCUGCAUGGGAGAGGCCUUCUUGAAUGGCAAAUCAAUUGGCCUGUGGAAUUAUAUUGAAAGAGAGGGGAGAUGCAAUGGCUGCUUUGGAAGCUCCCAAAAUGAAGACGCUUCUUUCCACUUCGACGGAAGUGGAUACUCUGUUGUGGAGAAGACACUCCGGGCCACUGUGACUCAGAUAAUAAUGCUCUUCAGCACCUUCUCACCCAAUGGGCUUCUUCUUUACCUGGCUUCAAAUGGCACCAAAGAUUUUUUGUCUAUGGAGCUGGUCCAGGGCAGGGUUAAGGUUAUGGUUGACCUGGGUUCAGGACCACUCACUCUGAUGACAGACAGAAGGUAUAACAAUGGAACCUGGUACAAAAUCGCCUUCCAGCGAAACCGAAAGCAAGGAGUCCUGUCUGUCAUUGAUGCCUAUGACACCAGUGACAAGGAGACCAAGCAAGGAGAAACCCCAGGAGCCUCUUCUGACCUCAACCGGCUAGAGAAAGAUCUGAUUUAUGUGGGUGGAUUACCUCGCUCAAGAGUUGUAAGGAAAGGGGUCAGCAGCAGAAGCUAUGUGGGCUGUAUCAAGAACCUGGAAAUAUCCAGAUCCACCUUUGAUUUGCUUAGAAAUUCCUAUGGAGUGAGAAAAGGCUGUGUGCUAGAGCCCAUCCGGAGUGUGAGCUUCCUGAGAGGUGGCUACAUCGAGGUGACACCCAAGUCUUUAUUGCCGGAGUCAGAACUUCUGGCCACAUUCAUUACCACCAACAGCAGUGGCAUCAUCCUGGCUGCUUUGGGCAAGGAUGUGGAGAAACAGGGUCUGUCUCAGGCAUACAUGCCCUUCUUUGCCAUCAUGCUGAUCGAAGGCCACAUUGAAGUGCAUGUCAACUCUGGGGACGGGACCAGCCUGAGGAAGGCUCUCCUGCAUGCUCCCACCGCCUCAUAUAGUGAUGGACAAGAGCAUUCCAUCUCCUUGAUUAGGAACCAGAGAGUUAUCACUGUGCAAGUAGAUGAGAGCAAUCCUGUAGAAAUGAAGUUGGGCCCAUUAGCAGAAAGAAGGACCAUCGACAUAUCCAACCUUUUCAUAGGAGGACUUCCCGAGAACACAGGGACACCGAUGCUCAAGAUGAAGACAUCAUUCCACGGCUGUAUCAGAGAUUUGGUCUUCAACAUGGAACUUUUGGACUUCACCCAUGCAAUUGGCUAUGAACGAAUAGAACUGGACUCCUGCUUGCUUGCAGAAGAGCCAAAGCCUGGAGAGCACAGGGAACUCCCAUCAGAGCCCCCGGCGCUAGCACGUCUUGAACAGUGUGCAGUGGACCCAACUCCAGGAUAUGUUCCCAGUGCUCACCAGUUUGGCCUCUCACAAAGUAGCCACUUAGUGUUGCCUUUUAAUCAGUCUGCCGUCAGAAAGAGGCUCUUGGUUCAGCUGAGCAUCAGAACUUUUGCCUCCAGUGGCCUCAUUUACCACAUGGCUCACCAGAACCAGAUGGAUUAUGCCACGCUCCAGCUCCAUGAAGGCCGCCUGCACUUCAUGUUUGACCUUGGCAAAGGCCGAACCAAGGUCUCUCACCCCAUGCUGUUCAGUGAUGGCAAGUGGCACACGGUCAAGACGGAGUACGUUAAGAGAAAGGGCUUCAUGACUGUUGAUGGCCAAGAGUCCCCUGUAGUGACGGUGGUGGGAAAUGGAACCACACUGGACGUGGAAGGGAAGCUGUACCUUGGAGGUCUUCCUGUCCAGUACAGGGCCAGGAACAUUGGGAAUAUCACCCACAGCAUCCCUGCCUGCAUUGGAGAAGUGACAGUUAAUGGCAAACAGCUAAACAAGGACAGCCCGAUGUCUGCCUUUGCUGUGGAUAAGUGCUAUGCAGUAGCCCAGGAAGGAACUUUCUUUGAAGGAAGUGGAUAUGCAGCUCUUGUCAAGGAAGGCUACAGAGUCCGAUCAGAUUUAAACAUCACACUGGAAUUUCGUACCUCCGCUAAGAAUGGCAUCCUCCUGGGGAUCAGUAGUGCCAAAGUGGACGCCAUUGGCCUAGAAAUUGUAGAUGGCAAGGUCUUGUUUCACGUCAACAAUGGUGCUGGUAGGAUAACAGCCACAUAUGAACCGGCAGCCACCAGAAUGCUGUGUGAUGGGAAAUGGCACACAGUCCAAGCCCACAAAAGCAAGCACCGCAUUGUCCUGAUUGUGGAUGGGAAUGCUGUUAGGGCUGAAAGUCCUCACACUCAGUCUACCUCUGCGGACACUAAUGACCCCAUUUAUGUGGGUGGCUUUCCUGCCAGUGUCAAGCAGAACUGUCUGAGUGGCCGGACCUCGUUCCAGGGGUGUUUGAGGAAGCUCAGGCUGAUCAAGGGCCCACUGGUGCAGUCCUUGGACUUGAGCAGAGCCUUUGACCUACAAGGAGUCUUCCCUCAUUCCUGUCCUGGGCCUGAGCCCUGAACUUCUAUCAGAAUCCUCUGUUGGAAUCAUUGCUAUUAUAUUGAGGAGAAACAGUUUGUAAACUCAGAUGUCUUCCGUUCAGACUUCAUUUCCAACUCAGGUUAUAUAUUUCCAGAGAGAAAUAUGUUUAUGUUAAACUAAAGCCACAUGUACAACAGAUACCUCUAUUAAAUAGUCUAAAAUACCAACU